GUAGUUCGUUGAUCCUUUAUGACAAAUUACAUGUAAAAUGUAUUUUCUUUCAGGUUGCUUGGCUUUAAUUUGAUAGUCAGAUGGUAAAGUUAACCUAGUGUGUUCAGUAUGGACUUGUUUAGGGAAAAAUGGAUAACGUUAUAGAAAUAAGUAAAUCCGGGUAACUGACCAGCCCUUACCACACAAUCAAAAGUGAAAGUGAAACGUGGUCUACCGUCAUUUUAUGAUCGCGAGAUUUCUUCACCACAAACCGUUUUUACGAUUAUUUAUAGUACACAUGUAUAGUUGAUUUGUCUUCAGUGUAUUUAAGAUGCACGUGCUUUACUGUAUUUUUAUUUCAGCACUGCUGAAGAUCGCUGAUGGGUUUACAGUGAAGGGUUCCUCAGGUCCUCUGGUUGUUCCUCUGGGAGGUUCAGUGGUUCUGCCCUGUUCUGUUGAUUCAAUCUUACCACUGGAGGAUCUGGAGGUGGAUUGGAAAAGAUCUGAUACAGAGACUCUCAUUCAUCUGUAUCAAGAUGGAGAUAUCAGACCAGAGGCUCAACAUCAGGAUUAUCAUGAUAGAGCUCAUUUCUUCACUGAAGACAUUAAACAUGGAAACUUCUCACUCCUGUUGAACAAUCUGACAGCUGAAGAUGAGGGACAAUACACAUGUAAAGUUUACAGUGGACAAGAGUCUGGAGAAUCUGUGGUGGAAGUCCAAUGUGGGGAGCGUUUGAUAGUAUCUGGAUCAAAUCACUCAAUAUCUGCAUAUGAGGGUGAAGACGUCACUCUGAGCUGCUCCGUGGACUCUCACAUCAAACCUGAAGAGAUUGAAGAGGUUUCAUGGAAGAAAAGAGAUAAAGAUGAAGACGUCCCAGUUCUUCUGUACCAAGACAACAUGGCUUUACCAGAGGCAUCAGAUAAGCAAUUCAUAGACAGAGUUGAGUUCUUCAAUGAUGAAAUCCACAGAGGAAACUUCUCUCUCAGACUGAAGAGAGUCAGAACUGAAGAUAAAGGAGUUUACAUCUGUCAAGUGUUUGCUAGAGGACUUUCAGCAAACACAACUGGGAUACUGGAACAACUGGGUUUCUCUACUUUACAUAUAAUGGUGUUGAUUCUCUGUAUAGCUGCAUGUGGAUCUGCAGUUAUAAUCUGCUCUUGCAUAUACUGCAGAUCAGACAAAAAUGAUACCAGCAGAUGUGUCCAAGCUUGUAAGGUUUCUCUUGUCAUUUGUCCAAACAUUUUUAUGUUCAUCGCCUUCAUCAUCUGGGGUGUUACUGAGGGAUUUUUAAAAGAAAGCAUCACUUGCAGUGCACUUUAUAUUCUGAGGCCUGUCAUGUUGUUUUGGACUGUGCCCCAUUUAGAUGAUCUUCAAGACCGCACUAAACCAUGGAUUAGGUUUUUAACUAUAACAGGAGAAUUUGCUGCAUUAAGUGUCAUUUUUUACUCAGUUAUCUUUACAUAUACCUGGAAACAGAUAUCACAUUAUAUAAAAUCAAAUGAACCUGGUAUCUUCGUAGGAAGCUUUGCAUUUAUGGUACUAUUCUGUCUCUGCAUAUUCCCUGGAGUCCAGGCUCUUGUCCUGUCCAGACUGGACUAUUGCAAUGCGUUACUGGUCAAACUCCAAGCCUGCACAACCAAACCCCUGCAGAUGAUCCAGAAUGCUGUGGGAAGAGUGGUCUUUAAUGAGCCAAAGAGGGCGCACCUCACUCCUCUCUUUGUCAGGUUACAAUGGCUUCCUAUAGCAGCUUACAUCAAAUUCAAAGCCCUGCUCAUGGCCUUAAAAACCACCACUGGGUCAGCACCCCAUUACCUUCAAUCGCUUAUACAGACAUAUGUACCCUCUCGAUCCCUGCGCUCUGCCGCUCUUGCUUCUAGUGUAACCUGUUGGUUGUUGGUUGCUUCGGACAAAAGCGUCUGCUAA